GAAGACAACGUCUCGGGGAAUCCAGAGCGGUAUUGGUCUCUUUCCCUGGGCUCCGAUCUGGGGUGCCCUCUUCAUCUUUUGCCUGUUCUGGGGAAUCCAGGUGUCUCUAGAGCCGCCUCUGUUAUCCUGUGACCUGCAGGUGCCGGGAGAUUUGUAGGGACGACACCGGGACAUCCCGGAAGCUGGGAAAUGAUUUCUAGCUUUUUUUUUCAGGAACUGUUGACAUUCAGAGAUGUGUCUAUAGAAUUCUCUAUGGAUGAGUGGGACUGCCUGGACCCUGCUCAGCACAAUUUGUAUCGGGAUGUCAUGUUAGAGACCUACAGACACCUGGUCUUCCUUGGGCUUGCUGUCUCUAAGCCGGACCUCAUCACCUGUCUGGAGCAAAGGAAAGAACCAUGGAAGGUGAAGACUCGCCAGACAGUGGUCAAGCACCCUGUUAUAUCUAAUCAUUCUACCCAGAGCAAUUCACAAGUGCUGGGCAUGAAUAUUUUAUUACCAGAGAUAAUCCUGAGAAGAUAUGAAAAUGAUAGCCCUGAGAAUUUCAACUCAAUAAAAGACUGGGAUAGAGUGUGUGAGUAUAAGCAGCAGAAAGUAUGUUACAAUGGACUAAACGAAAGUUUAACAGCUAUGCAUGGUAAAACCUACGAAUGCAGUAAACGUUUCCAAGUUGUCAGAAAAUUAUCAAAUGUAAAUAGACAUAAGAUGACACAUACUGGGGAAAUAGCAUUGGAAUGUAAUAAAUAUGGGAAAGCCUUACAACUAUGCUCAAACAUUGGUAAACAUAAGAUAAUCCAUUUUGUGGAAAAGCAGUACAAAUGUAAAGAAUGUUGCAAAGUCUUUAAAUCUUGCUCAAGCUUGUCUAAGCACAAGGAACUUCAUACUGGAGAGAAAAUCUCCCAUUGUGAGAAUGAUGACAAGUGUCUUAGCCACAGCUCAAGAUGUUCGAACCACAAGACAAUUUAUAAUGUACAGAAACCUUACAAAUGUAAAGAAUGUGAUAAAUCCCUUAACUGUUACUCAUCCCUUUCUGUACAUAAAAGAAUUCUUUCUUGGGAAAAACCCUACGAAUGUGAAGAAUGUGGAAAAGCCUUUAACCAGUACGCAUCUCUUUCCGUACAUAAAAGAAUUCAUUCAGGAGAGAAACCCUACAAAUGUGAAGAAUGUGGAAAAGCCUUUAUUGAUUCCUCACACCUUUCUAGACAUAAGAGAAUUCAUUCUGGAGAGAAACCGUACAAAUGUGAAGAAUGUGGCAAAGCCUUUUACCAGUACUCAUACCUUUCUAGACAUAAAAGAAUUCAUUCUGGAGAGAAACCCUACAAAUGUGAAGAAUGUGGAAAAGCCUUUAACGAUUCCUCAACUUUUUCUGUGCAUAAAAGAAUUCACUCUGGAGAGAAACCCUACAAAUGUGAAGAAUGUGGCAAAGCCUUUAAUCGGUACUCAAACUUUUCUGUACAUAAAAGAAUUCACUCUGGGGAGAAACCCUACAAAUGCGAAGAAUGUGGAAAAGCUUUUAACCAGUACUCACACUUUUCUGUACAUAAAAGAAUUCAUUCUGGAGAGAAACCCUACAAAUGUGAAGAAUGUGGAAAAGCCUUUAACGAUUCCUCAACUCUUUCUGUACAUAAAAGAAUUCAUUCUGGAGAGAAACCCUACAAAUGUGAAGAAUGUGGCAAAGCCUUUAACCGGUACUCAAACUUUUCUGUACAUAAAAGAAUUCACUCUGGGGAGAAGCCCUACAAAUGUGAAGAAUGUGGAAAAGCUUUUAAUCAAUACUCAAACCUUUCUGUACAUAAAAGAAUUCAUUCUGGAGAGAAACCCUACAAAUGUGAAGAAUGUGGAAAAGCCUUUAACUAUUCCUCACACCUUUCUGUACAUCAAAGAACUCAUUCUGGAGAGAAACCCUACAAAUGUAAAGAAUGUGGAAAAGCUUUUAAAAAUUCCUCAACCCUUUCUGUACAUCAAAGAAUUCAUUCUGGAGAGAAACCUUACAAAUGUGAAGAAUGUGGAAAAGCCUUUAAGCAGUACUCACACAUUUCUAGACAUAAGAGAAUUCAUUCUGGAGAGAAACCCUACAAAUGUGAAGAAUGUGGUAAAGCCUUUAACCGGUAUGCACACCUUUCUGUACAUAAAAGAAUUCAUUCUAAAGAGAAACCCUACAAAUGUGAAGAAUGUGGAAAAGCCUUUAAUGAUUCCUCAACCCUUUCUGUACAUAAAAGAAUUCAUUUUGGGGAGAAAUCUUAUGAAAGGGAACAAUGUGGCAAAUGCUUUAACCAGUACUCACGCCUUUCUGUACAUAAAAAAAAAAUUAAUUCUGGAGAGAAACAUUACAAAUAUGAAUAGUGUAGCAAACCCUUAACUCAGAGUCUAACUCAGAAACAUUACAAAUAUGAAUAGUGUAGCAAACCCUUUAACUCAGAGUCUAACCAGCCUGUACAUUAAAAGAAAAUGAGAUAACAUGGAAACCCUAGAAAUAUGAUGAAUGUGGCAGUACCUUACUUGGUGUUCAUAACUUAAUGAAGCUUGUAGAAAUUUACUCUGGAGAGAAAUUCUACAACUGUGAACGGUGUGGCGAUGCACUUAAGCAGAGCUCAAACUUUACUACACAUAAGAAAAUUCAUAUAGGAGAGAAAUCUUAUAAAUGAGAAUAACAUGACAAAUGUUUUAACUGAUUCUUGGCCCUUAGUAAACAUAAGAGAAAUCAUGUCAGAGAAAAAUCACAAUAUGAAGGUGCAUGGAAGCUUUAUGGCAGAAAUCACAGUUUUGUGUACACAGUAGAAUUUGUGUUGAACAGAAAAGCUGUAAAUGUGAGGAAGAUGAGAAGUGUUUAACCUCUACUCAAACAUUUCUCUAUGAAAUUUAUGACAGAGAAAACCACUACAACUGUGAAGACAGUGUCAAAUCCUAUAACCAGGAUUCACACAUUUCAGUACAGAACAGAAUUCAUAGAGAUACUCCACAUAUGUGAAGAAUAUGACAAGGUCUUUAAAUAUUUCUCAUACUUUUGUAAUCAUAAUUCAUAUGGAAGAAAUUCUCUACAAAUGUCAAUGAUGUCUUAAAGUUGUGUUUAUCCUGUUUGGUAGGGCUAGAGAGAGACAGGGGCAGAUGAUUCUAGGGCAUCCUUGUCCAUACUGAGAAGGAACAAAAUUACCAGACUGGGCUGCCAAGAAAGGAAAGCAUAUCAACAAGGCUUUCAAUAACUGAACUGAUGUUUGCUUGACAAAAAUGACUCGCAGGUAGAGAGGCCCCAGGGUGGAGAUAUGGCCAAGGCCACUAAAAGGGGUCUUUGUAGCAUGCAUACAAGUAAGGUGACAGUAGCCUCAAGGGACCCAUUUUCAUAAACACAAUAAAAUCUUCACCACUUUUUUUUGAGAAAGAGUCUCACUUAUUAACCCUCAGUAGGGUGCUGUGGCGUCACAGCUCACAGCAACCUCCAAAUCCUUGGGCCCAGGUGAUUCUGUUGCCCCAGCCUCCUUAGCAGCUGGGAGUACAAUCACUUUUAUCACAAUUAACAAAUACUAUGACAACUUCUAGAAAUUGAUUUAGAGGGAUAGAAAUGGGAGGACUCUUCAUUCGGGAAUUUUUCCCCCUUUCCAGGAAAAAUAGUAAAUAUAUUACCCCCACUACCACUUAACAUAGAUUUGGAAAAUUAUCAUGAAGGGGAAAAAUCUCACUAACCCAGCGUUUCUCCACUUGAUAAGGUAGAUGUCUCCCUUCUCUGGAGUGUACUGUGCUUUAAUAAACUUUGACCUUUUGCUCACUUGUACCUACUUGUUCUGCUCAUUUGUUCCACUGUCUUGGUACCAGUAACUAUGCUGUGUCACCUGGAACCAAAAACCAGGGAUCACACACUUGACAUCUGUUCCCCGUAUGUGACAUUUUAGUGCCA